AUGCCGCUGCAACAUCAGGUGACAUCUGGGAAGUUAAACUGCUACCCAAAGGAGCUAAGCAGAACAGUCGUGGUAGGAGGGUCCACAAAAAAUGUUACACCAACCGAGUGGCGAAAAGAGAACUCUGGCGUGAGAUUGAAAAUAAGCUUGUUAUAUCGGAGAAAGAGCUCAAGAAGAGGUGGGAAUCUCUGCAAACCCAGUAUACCCGGUACAAGAAACUUGCACUCUCAGGAAGUGUUGGAGCACAGAAGACUAGCAGGCAGCAGUGGAUACUGCUGCAGUUUUUGGAGCCCCACACAAAAAAGAAGGAAACCUAACUCCAACCUAACAAUCAUUGAACCUUCGGCGGCUGAUGCUGAUUCUGAGUCACCCUCAGAUGGCACCAGCAGUAAUAACUGGACCAGCACCUCAGAGGAGCCCUGCUUUAUUGAGGCUGAACAAGGACCUAGUACUUCCCUAGCUGAAUCCACCAUCUGUGGAGCAGAGUCCACACCUACACUCACCAGAGAGGAGCCACUGCCAAGCACCUCCAGCUUGUCAAGCACUCCUAGGCCUCAGGUGAAGUGCAGCAGGAAGAUGAUGGACAAGUCCGUCAGUGAGGAGUCAUCAAACUUGAUGCACACCAUUGGUCAAACUCUGGGGAGGUUAACUUCUCAGGAAGAGAACAAUGAUGCCAUCCACACCUACUGCAAAAACACUGAGCACAGAAUGCGGAAGUUGCCUCCACAUUUACUGCAAUAUUUCCAACAUGAGGUGGACAACUGCCUCUUCAAAUAUUUGGUGGACCAGAGCCUGGCAUCAGAAACCUCUGACAGACAGUUUACUCAUCUAUGAAGUUGUAACAGAUGUAAAUAAUAAUAAUCUGGGAUUACAUAGAGAAGCACCUGAGAUGGCCUAAAUAAUAAAU